AUGGCGGCGGCCAACCCGGCUCCGGGGUCCAUGGACGAGCUGGUAUCGGCGGUGACCCUGUACCGGCGGCGGCCGCGGCUCCUGCACGGCACCGUCCUGCCCUUCGUGGCGGGGCUGUACCCGGCCUGGCUCUGGUUGUGGGGGCCGCGCGUCUGGGCCGCCUGGGCCGGGGUAGGGGAACCCGGCGCGGGGGAGCCCGAGGCGGAGCGCGCCCCGCCCGAGGCCGCGCUGCUCGCGCUCGCCGCCAUCGGGGUCGCGCACCUGCUUACCGCGCUCUCGGGUCUCUGGUCCGUGCACGCGCACUGCGCGCUCACCUGCGUCAGGGAACCCAGUCCUAAGAAAGCCACAUUGGCUAAAGUUGUGCCAACCCCAAAUAAUGGAUCUGCAGAGCUGGUGCCACUCCACCGUGACCAGGGGGAGGAUGGGCAGGAGGCCCUGUCCUUUGAGUUUCAGAAGAUCAAGUACUCGUAUGAGGUAGAGGACAGGAAACAGUUUCUUCCUGUUGCCUUCCCUGUGGAGCAUCCCCUGUCCUAUUACCAGAAUGCCCGAGGCUACCAGGAGGACAAGGAUAUCCGAGCAGCUGAGAAGAAAUAUGGCACAAACAAGGCUGAGAUGGUGGUGCCAGAGUUCUUGGAGCUCUUCAAAGAGAGAGCCACAGCCCCUUUCUUCGUCUUUCAGGUGUUCUGUGUGGCGCUGUGGUGCCUGGAUGAAUACUGGUAUUACAGUGUCUUCACCCUCUCCAUGUUGGUGGCUUUUGAAGCUUCUCUGGUCCAGCAGCAGAUGAGGAAUAUGUCAGAAAUACGAAAAAUGGGGAACAAGCCAUACAUGAUUCAGGUUUAUCGAAACCGGAAGUGGCGCCCCAUUUCCAGCGAUGAGAUCAUCCCAGGAGACAUUGUUUCCAUCGGGCGAUCGCCUCACGAGAACCUAGUCCCAUGUGAUGUGCUGCUGCUCCGUGGAAGAUGUAUUGUGGAUGAAGCCAUGCUGACUGGAGAGUCAGUGCCACAAAUGAAGGAGCCUGUCGAGGAUCUUGACUCGGAACAUGUCCUGGACAUGCAGGCGGACUCCCGGCUGCACAUUAUAUCUGGGGGAACCAAAGUGGUGCAGCACAUCCCACCACAGAAGGCCAGCACAGGACUGAAACCUGUCGAUAAUGGGUGCGUGGCAUAUGUGCUGAGGACUGGCUUUAACACAUCACAGGGGAAGCUGCUGCGUACGAUCCUCUUUGGGGUGAAGAGAGUUACAGCCAAUAACCUGGAGACUUUCAUUUUCAUUCUGUUCCUGCUGGUCUUUGCCAUUGCUGCUGCAGCGUAUGUCUGGAUUGAAGGCACCAAGGACCCAGGCAGGAAUCGUUACAAGCUGUUUCUGGAAUGCACUUUAAUACUGACUUCAGUCGUUCCACCCGAACUUCCCAUUGAGCUUUCCCUGGCUGUCAACACCUCCCUUAUUGCCUUGGCCAAGCUCUAUGUGUACUGUACAGAACCUUUCCGAAUCCCCUUUGCUGGGAAAGUUGAGGUGUGCUGCUUUGACAAAACAGGCACCCUCACCAGCGACCACCUGGUGGUGAGAGGGGUAGCAGGGCUCAGGGAUGGAAAGGAAGUAACACCAGUGUCUGACAUCCCCGUGGAAACCCACCGAGCCAUUGCUACUUGCCACUCACUGGUGCAGCUGGAUGAUGGGACGUUAGUGGGAGACCCAUUGGAGAAAGCCAUGCUGAUGGCGGUGGACUGGACCCUGACCAAAGAUGAGAAAGUUUUCUCCAGAAGUAUUAAAACUCAGGGACUGAAAAUUCACCAGCGCUUUCAUUUUGCUAGUGCCCUGAAAAGAAUGUCUGUCUUGGCUUCCUACGAGAAGGUUGGCUCGACUGAUCUCUGUUACAUUGCAGCUGUGAAAGGGGCCCCGGAGACACUGCACCCAAUGUUCUCUCAGUGCCCAAGCAACUAUCAUGUCAUCCACACGGAAAUCUCACGCGAGGGGGCCAGAGUGCUAGCACUUGGCUACAAGGAGCUGGGGCAUCUCACUCACCAGCAGGUGCGUGAGAUGAAACGUGAUGCACUGGAGUGUGACUUGAGGUUUGUCGGCUUCAUUGUGGUCUCCUGCCCUCUCAAAGUUGACUCCCGGCCUGUCAUCAGAGAGAUCCAGAAUGCUUCGCAUCACGUAGUGAUGAUUACAGGAGACAACCCCCUCACUGCCUGCCAUGUGGCUCGGGAGCUUCACUUCAUCCAGAAGGAGCACACUCUCAUCUUGCAGCCUCCUCCUUGCAAAGGCUCUAGCUGGCAGUGGCAGUCCAUUGAUGGCACUGUAGCACUCCCUGCCCUCCCUCACACCCCGCAGGAGCUGACGCAGCAAUAUGACCUGUGUAUCACAGGCGAGGGUCUUUCAUACCUGCUGGCAGCAAGAAGGCAGCUCCUGCUGAAGCUCAUCCCAUGCAUCCAGGUGUUUGCUCGAGUAGCACCAAAGCAAAAGGAAUUUGUGAUCACCACACUGAAGGGACUGGGCUAUGUCACACUGAUGUGUGGGGAUGGGACCAAUGAUGUUGGGGCUCUGAAGCACGCGGAUGUGGGGGUGGCGCUCCUGGCGAAUGCUCCGGAGAGACUGCCCGAGAGGAAGAGGAAGCCUCGUGAUGGGCCCAGUGAUGGGAGACCUGCCCUGCCGGCCAUGGGGAGCGGCACUGUGAAGCCGACCUCCCGUGGUGCCAAGCACCGGGUCCUGUCCCAAAGAGAAGAGCAGCUGGCCAUCCAUCGGGAGAGGAUCAGCCAGGUUCUGAAGGACUUGGAGGAUGAUCAUGUGCCCGUUGUGAAACUGGGUGACGCCAGCAUCGCUGCUCCCUUCACAUCCAAGCUCUCCUCCAUUCAGUGCAUCUGCCAUGUGAUCAAGCAAGGUCGCUGCACGCUAGUGACCACGCUCCAGAUGUUUAAAAUUCUGGCCCUGAAUGCCCUGAUCCUCGCCUACAGCCAGAGUGUGCUCUACCUAGAGGGGGUGAAGUUCAGUGAUUUCCAGGCGACACUGCAGGGUUUGUUGUUGGCCGGCUGCUUCCUCUUCAUCUCCAGGUCAAAGCCACUGAAAACUCUUUCUAAGGAGCGACCAUUACCCAACAUCUUCAACCUGUACACGGUGCUGACAGUGCUGCUGCAGUUCCUCGUCCAUUUCCUCAGCCUUGUAUACCUGUAUCGUGGUGCACAGGUUCGCAGUGAGCCCAAGAAAGAAGAAUUUGUGGAUUUGUACAAAGAGUUUGAGCCCAGCUUGGUGAACAGCACAGUCUACAUCAUGUCAAUGGCCAUGCAGAUGGCCACCUUCGCUAUCAAUUACAAGGGCCAUCCUUUCAUGGAGAGUCUGCGAGAGAACAAGCCUCUGCUAUGGAGCAUUGUCCUUUCAGGGCUUGCUAUUGUGGGCCUUCUGACAGGCUCCUCGCCAGAAUUCAGUGAACAGUUUGGUCUGGUGGAAAUCCCCACAGAGUUCAAGAUCGUGAUCGCUCAGGUCUUGCUGGCUGACUUCUUCCUUGCCUUGUUGGUGGACCGAAUUCUUCAGUUUCUUCUGGGGAGUGCAAAACUUAAAGUGCCUUCCUGAAACAGGUCACAGUCCCAGCCCCCCUACAGUGCCAGGUGUGAGGGACAACACAGGAGGACCAGUUUCCAGGGUGCAAGGAGAAUCUUUAUUCUUUGGACAUUGACUCUUAACUUCGCCUGGAAGCAGGCACGGAAAAGCUCUCUUAUGUAUUCAUUGGGAAACUACCCCAGUGUAACACUCAACUGCAAGGGGCAUGCUGCUGACUUUUAGAUGUUUCCAGGACAUGCCACCGCCUGUUGGGAGUUUUGUACUGCCCCACGCUUGAGGAAGCGUUUACAGGAUUUGGUAAUUAAAUCAGAAUCAAUGUAUUUUAAAA